GAAAAGAAGAUUUCUCUUCUCCCAUCACUAAUUUGAGCCUCAUACAAAUAACAAAAAUGGACGCUCCUCUCGCAACCCCCUGCAAUAUCCAGAUUUGUGAGGUGACCUGUGACUCCUUCCGCAUCAUGUGGGACAUAACCCCCGAGGACAGUGCCAGGUCCACACACUUCUUCAUCGACCUCAGCCGCAAAGAGAGCCGGGACCCCAACCGCUUCAAACACAGGGAUGUGCCAACCAAGCUGGUGGCCAAGGCCGUGCCCCUCCCCAUGGCAGUGAGGGGGCACUGGUUCCUCAGCCCGCGGACAGAGUACUGUGUUGCUGUCCAAACUGCUGUCCGACAGCCGGACGGUGACUACCUGGUGUCCGAGUGGAGCCAGGUGGUGGAGUUCUGCACCGGGGACUACGCCAUGGAGCACCUUCAGCAGCUGCUCGACAAGGCCAAGGGCUCUGCAGGACGGCUGCUGAAGUUUUCUGUGUUUUAUCGCAACCAGCAUCCAGAAUACUUCGACUUUGUCAGAGGGGAAUGUGGAGGCCUGAUGCGUCCCGCCCUGAAAGACAUCAGUGGAAGUCAUGGAUCUCCUGUCAAUGGAAAACUGCAUGGAGUCUUUUUCAGCUGCAGCACAGAGUUUGAUACGGGCCUCCCUCCCAAAGACUCCCCGUACGGCCCGCAGCGUUUCCUGAUCCCAGCGGGACACCUGCUUAACCCCAACAUCUCCCUGUACUUUGCAGACUUCUACUGUAUGUACACAGCCUACCACUACGUAGUGCUGGUGCUGGCCCCUGUUGGCUCGGAGGGCGAUACCUUCUGUCGCUCCCGCCUCCCCAUGCUGGACUUGGCCUCCAACCCCUUCCUGACAUACACUGCCCCUCAGAGGCCGGGGGAGGAGCCUCUGUUCUGCCAUGCCAGCGACGUCAUCCUGGAGGUGAUUUUCACUGAUCCGGUGUCUUUGGAUCAGGGCCACGUGGAGCAGAUCCGAGGGCACCACCAGCUCAUGAGUCUGACCACAGCCAACGCCAAGAAAGACCCGAGCUGCAAAGUGUGCAACAUCAGUGUGGGGCGCUGAGAGCUGGGAGUGUGUGAAACUACAAGAUUGAAAGACACAGUGUUGCACCAGACAGAAAACGGUGAAAGCAUCAAGUGUAGGUCAGAACACAGUGGAAACAGCCCACCUCUCGGGGUGCGUGCAUGCUGCUGCCCCUCUUCCCCCCCGCCUGGUAUAGAAUAGUGAGUAUUAAAUAGAAGAUUUUUACAAUGUGAUUUGCAGAAUUUAAUGAUCACAGCUGGAAAUAUAGUCCAUUAACGGAUGAGUGGAAAACAGCUUGAGGAAUGAUGCUGGAAAGUAUCAGUUCUGCUUAUUUGAUCAAAGUUAUCUGUGCUCUCCCUUGUCUCUGUGGCAUUUUAUUAAUAUAUUUUUCUUCUUUUUAAUUUAAAUGUUUUCAUCAAGAUGUGUUGGAUUUCAUGUUUUGUUUUUCUGUACUUCUAGUUUGAUGUUAUUUCCCGUUUUAUCCGAACUUAAACAGUACAAAAGCUAAAAGCAUGCCCCUACACUAAAACAUUACAGAACUGAAGAAUAUUAGGGUAUAACAAAUCUUUUUGCAAUAUUUACCUCAUGCAAUACUCUAUAAGUCACUGCCAGAUGUUCUUUGUUUAAAGAAAAAAUGACUUAUUGCUAAAUGUCUAAUAUUAUUCCUACGUUGUAGCUUUAAUUCCAGUUGUCAGCAUCCCUUGCAAAUACUUGAACCACUCGGUUGAAGGCUGUUGUAGAGUUAUGAUUUGUUAAUUGGUACUCAGUGUCUAAAUGUUACACAAACUUUACUAUGAAACAAUAUGGUGCAAUGUGACAAUGAAAGCAGUGUGCUGGGAUUUUAGAAGGAUGGUAUUGGGGAAGAUGGUAUCACAUAGUUCCCUGGGAUCAGUCUCUGAUAGCAACCCUCUGCUCUGUAAACAGGGCUGAGCUAAGAUUAGCUCCCAUCCUGCUAUUGGGUUUCUGUUUGGCCCUGCCCAGUAAUCUCUGACCUACAUGGCAAUCCCAGAAAAUGUCCAAAGUGAAAGGGAUCCCGUCCCUGGUGCACAACAGUAACGCAUGCGUUGGUAAGUGGUCAGAAUGUAGGGCAUGUCAAGAGAGCGCGCACUGAAAAAUAAAAAGCUUAACCAUUGAAAGUGAAUGUGAAAGAAAAUCGAAUGCAAAGACCUGUUUCAAAGAGUUUUAUACAAAGCACUAACUAAGAUGUCUAAACAUUUCUGAAAAUGAAUUCAAAUGUAAUAAAAAAUAUCUUUA